CGGUGGCGCGCGUUUGGAGCCGGGAACACCCCGGGAGACGGCUGCACCCCGCCGGGCCGGCCUCCUGGCUUUGGCGCGCUCGACUGCGCGGAGGUGAGAGUUCCUGACGGGCUCGGGAGGCGGCGGCCCCGGGGAAGGCGUGGCUCGCAGGGACUUGGCAGGAGAGCCCCACCUAGCGGAUGGGGAAACUGAGGCGGAAGCUGCCCUCCGAGUCCCGGGUGAGGCGACCCCUGAUUCAGGGCAACAGCCGGGCAGGGGCCUGCCGCUCCUCUAACAAAAGAGCCGGAGAGACGUGGUGCAUCGGCCUCCCGCCGGAUGUGAGAUUCCCUCCCAGGAGUGCGGGGCGGGGCGGGGGGCUCCCCUUCCUUCCGCAGGCACGCGCGGGGCCCGAGCACCGCUGCGCGGCCUCCGGACCCCUGUCCACGCCGGGGCUGGGUGGGCCGGCGGUAAGGCCAUUCAUUCCGCGGCCAACCUCUGGCCUCCUCUCCCCCAACCCCGGCCCCUGCUCGUUGAUGUCCACCGCCCUCAGCAGGACUGGUCCUUAAGUUAGUUAUCUCAUUAAUUUUUAAAGUCAUUUGUUAUUAUUUGUUUUUGUCUGUUCAGAGUGUGUCCCCACAGCUGGAAUGUAGGCUCUAGGAGGGAGGGACUUGGUUUUGUCCAUCGUUGGAUUCCCAGUUAUUUCAACAAAUACUUCCUGAGCGUCUCUUCCUGCACCCGGCUGGAUAACAGAGGCUAUUCCAACUGCCAAGCCGAAUCCCGCCCUAGACAUUCCGGGUCUGGACAGCACUGUACUCUGGGAACCAUGUGGUCAAAGCGCUGAGUGGUGUGACCAGACACGAGAGGCCCUUGCCCCAGCCCAGUGGGCUCUGCUGUCCUCUGAUGUCCAGUUUUUUUGCAUGACCCUCACAACAACCCUUUGAGAGAAAAGGCAGGGGAGGCUAGCCCAUUUCACAGAUGAAGAUACUGAGCACUCAGGGCACAAAACAAUUCUUAUCAGAGCCAUGAAGCUGAAUGAGAGGAGUGUGGCCCACUAUGCACUGAGCGACUCCCCAGCAGACUACACAGGCUUCCUGCGCACUUGGAGGGGGCCAGGGACUCCACCCACCCCCAGUGGCACUGGCCGAAGGUGCUGGUUUGUCCUCAAGGGCAACCUGCUGUUCUCCUUUGAGAGUCAAGAGAGCCGGGCGCCACUGAGCCUGGUGGUGCUGGAGGGUUGCACAGUGGAGCUGGCUGAGGCUCCUGUGCCUGAAGAGUUUGCCUUUGCCAUCCGCUUUGACGCCCCUGGUGUGCGCCCAUUCCUGCUUGCAGCAGAUGGUCCAGAGGCCCAGGAGGCCUGGGUGAAGGCACUGUCCAGGGCAAGCUUUGGCUACAUGCGCCUGCUGGUACGCGAACUGGAAAGUCAGUUGCGUGAUGCCCGUCAGAGCCUGGCUUUGCAUCGCCGCUCAUCUUGGAAGACUGUUACCAACCGCUGUAAGCCCCAGGCUCCUGAGCACUGGUCUUCGGGCCUGGAGAAUGGCCACUCCCCGCCCAGGGAUUGCAGCCCCAAGGGCUUGACAGAAGAAGGGGGCAGCAGGUCACCAUGGUGGGGCUUGCCCGAGGGGGAGUUGCAUGGCCCUACCAGCUUUCCAGGCAGGUGGCAGAGCCCUGUGACCCCUGAGACCUCCUGCUUUGCUACCCUGCACAAUCGAUAUGGCCAGGAGAUCAUGGAGCUGAGACGGAGGUGGCUGCAGAGGGUCCAUGACAGACAGCCAGAAUGUCAGGAACAGGAUAGGCCCUGAGUCUGGGCCUUUCUGAUUCUGCCCUUAUUCUGCUGGUCAGACACCAAGGCCAGUGCUUUUUCAGGGCUUUAAUGUUUACUCAUUCCUAAGGAUGCUUUUAUUUUUAGAGGGUUUCUCUCUUUCCUGAAUUUUAGGCCUUCUCCAGGUUCAGAUCCACCCUCAUGCCCAUAGGGGACAGAGGAAUCAUUACUUCUAACCCUUUAUUUCCUGAGGCCCAGAGAGGAGAGGUGGCUUCCUCAGCAACCAGAGUGAGAGCCAAGUCUCCGGACUGCACUGGACUGCCCCCUCUCAGGGUAUACUAAUGAAACGGAGGAAGCGGGGAAUAUUCCACGGCCACUGGUCAUCCUGCCUUUCACCUGCACGUCAGACUCUACAAACACAAUUUCCAAAAUGGAGAGUCUUGUGUAGAUUUAAAUACCAGAAGUUGGCUGCAAUGUUGUCUUGAGGGACUAACGUUGCCAGAGAAUGUUAAUAAAAGUAUUGUUGUGUCAUGGGGGUUUCUGGGGCCCAGCUCUGACUGAGUGGUGGGAAGACUGGUCAUGGGACCCCCAAGUCUUCAGUUUAGGACCCUUUGGAGGGAGAAAGCCCUCAGCCAAUAAAGAGAGACUUAUUCUGCUCAGAGAGUGUUGGGGCCCUGUCCUCUCUCCUUGGCUGCUCUGUCAACAGUGGGUGCUGGUCACUGCCCCAAGAGGGGCUGGUAGCUUUUAUAUGCCAACAGAAAUCCUUCCUGUACUCUGUCCUCAGCAGCCAGUUCCUGGAGCUGUCAGGUGGGAAGCUGAAGAUGUGGGGAGACAGCAUGACUCACUGGGAAAGCCAGAUUGUUACUUCUGUUUUUUCAGUCCUGGGCAUUCCAGGAGCUUGGGCACAGGAUUUCUGACACCCUGUGAUAAACUCUUCUUUCCUGACCAGGCUCCCCAAAGGUGUUCCUAAUCCCGAAACCCCCCAGGAACUCGUUCACGGUCCUGCUUGUUUCCCUGUGUCUGGCUGCCAAGACCCUCUCAUUGCACGGCACCAAGUGUUUGCUUACUCUGGGAGGCACAGUGGCUGGCCAGACUAGCCUGACACCCUAGGGAUGUGGUGGCAAUGACUGGAAGAUAGUUUGGACACACACUCCGUCUUCCUUGAUACACACAGAUACACACAGGUUGCCCCUUCCUGGCUUCUCUCUUUCUUAUUGGCUGGGGCCUUGGGCAGCGUGACCACGGCUGGACGCUGCGAGUCAGAGCCUCUUAAACCCAGGAGGCUCAGAUGCCAGCCAGGAUACAGGACCCAUCCCCACCCUGCUGGUUUCCCCGGAGGAAGGGCCAACUUCCCAGCCCUAUGAGGGAGCCCCACAGCCCACACCUUGUUUUAUACAUAGAAACUGUUAAGUUUUUGUUAACUUUCUUAUUGUUAGUAUUUUUUAUACAAUUAAAACUAAGUUUUUUCUUUA